CGUCGAAUGAAUGAAGCACCCCUCUCCUUCUCACGUCGCUCACCACUAUGAUCAUGCGUCUGUUGUUGCCAUUGGCAGAUCUGAGAGCAUGUCUGCUCCUGGCGCUAUGGUGGCUCUCUCUCUCGCUCGACCUCGUUGCUGCUGAGGCCCGCGCGAGUCAGCGGGUGUUUCAGGAGCAGGACCGAUCCGAUGAGGCAGCGGUCAUCCCCGCUUGCUACCCCUUCUGCGGCCAUGACGAAUACGGGUCCCGAGGGCAAGAGACACCAACGAUUGCUUCGGACCUCGCCAGGGUACAUGCGCCCCACCUCGGCAACCUCCAUUUUGUCGAUCCUCGCAUAGGCACCUCAGGCCCCGACGAGUCCGAGUACGGGGGCAUGGUCCCCAGCGUGUCGAGGCCGUUUGCAGGCGUGAGGUGGACGCCCAUGACGAGGCUCAACAAUGUGAGCCACUGCGCCUACCACGACGACGAUCGGACGUACAUUGGGGCACUCGGAUCGAGGCAGCCGGCCAUCUGGAUGGGCGACUACGGCUUCGCCACACUCUUCCCUGGCCGUGGCCAAGACAUCGAGGUCGAGCCCGACAAGAGGGGCUGGCACUUCACGCGCGAGGCAGAGUACGUGAGUGCGUUUGAGCACGACGUCCUCCUCUCGCGUCGGCAAAAGGAGGGGCCGGGCGAGAUCUUUGCUCGGAUGACGGGCGCAAGCCGAGCCGCCAUGCUCGAGUACCGCUUCAGGCAGCCGUCGAAGGAUGCCGCAAAGGGCAAAGAGAGCAUGCCCUACCUCGUCGUGCAAGCCUCUCGACCCGAGUGGAGGGGCUCCGUCUACAUCGAUGCCGCUGCGGGCGAGGUCUCUGGGUGGAAUUCGGAGCAGAUGGACUAUCGCCUGGGGCCCAACGAGGCCCUCGGCUUCAAAGGCUACUUUGUCUUUGCAUUCGAGCACCAGCAAAGGAGAGGGAGUGAGAAAGCCACGCAUGGUGAUGAGACAGUGGAACACUGGGAAAAGGGGUUUCCAGGGGACUAUGGGACUAUGUUCACCAAUGCUUCGGGCGUCUUUCCUGGUGAGCCAAAGGCUCGUCGACGCACCAACGACCUCGGAACGUAUGCCUUUGUGCGCUUUCCACAAGACACCUCCAGGAUCCGCGUUCGCGUCGGAAUGAGCAUGAUCGACAUUGCACAGGCCCGACGCAACCUGCAGCAGGAGGUGGGGGGCUACGCCUCCUUCGACGAUGCCGUCGCCGCCACUCGAUCGGCCUGGCGGGAAAAGGUGGACCAGGUGCAGAUCCAAGAGGGCGGAACAGAGGCACAGAAGCGCAUCGUCUAUACGGCCAUGCUCCACAGCCUCCAAUACCCGGCCGAGCAUGCCGAGCCAGACGACAGCUCCUCUUCGCUGCGCUACUACUCUGCCUAUCUCGAUGACGUCGUCAGCGUACCAUCCGAACCGGGGCACGGGUCGAUGCGCUACCAGUCCUACUCGAUCUGGGACACAUUUCGUGCCGAGAUGGGCUUCCUGAUCCUCUUUGAGCCCAGGCGGAUCGUCGACAUGCUCCGCUCCAUGCUCGACAUGUACGACGAGGGCGGCUUCCUGCCCAUGUGGUCCACGGGCACAGGCGAGACAAACAUCAUGAUCGGCACUCAUGCUGACUCUGUCCUGGCCGAGGCCCUCGUCAAGGGCGUGGGCUUCGGCAAUGAUGUCGACGCAGAGGAUCGCUUGGACCUCGACAAGAUCUGGGAGGCUGUCCGAAAAGACGCUCACCAACCCCCGCCGCUCAAUGACCAGCUUCGGUUUGCCGACCGCGAGGAGUUCACGCCCUACGAGGUUCGCGCUGGCCUCGAUGCCUACGAUUCCAUGGGCUACGUCCCGCUGGAUCGGUGGGACGAGUCGACCUCGAGGACGCUCGACUACGCAUACGACGAUGCAGCCGUCGCCGUCGUUGGUCUACUGCUCAACAAAAGCCAGGCCGAGGUGCAACGGCUGGAGACCAGGAGCCGAAACUACCGAAACGUCUUCAACGAAGGCACUGGCAGGAUGGCCGCGCGCUUCUCCAAUGGAACCUUUCUCUCACAACCCUUGGACAAGCCGACAGGCCGCCAGCUGGGCUUCACCGAGGGCAACGAGUGGGAUUACACCUUUGACGUCAUGCACGACGUCGCCGGACUGGCCGAACUCGUGGGAGGGAGGGACAAGCUGGUCAAGCUCCUUGACGAUCACUUCGAGGGAGGCCAUAACGACCAGUCCAACGAGCCCUCCCACCACAUUCCUUACCUCUAUGCUCUGCUCGGCGAUCCAGCCUCAACUCAGCGUCGCGUGAGGGCCAUUGCCAAGGAGGCCUUCAGUGAUGAGCCAAACGGCUACGCCGGCAACGAGGACUGCGGACAGCAGAGCGCCUGGUACUGGUUCACCAGCGUGUUGGGUGUCUACCCCGUCUCACCGAUCAGCGGCGAGUACGUCGUCGGCUCUCCCUUCUUUGACCGCGUCGAGAUCAGGCUGCCGCCGAGGAGGAGGACGGAUGCGGAGACCCUCCUCACCAUCCUGGCUCCCGAGGCGGGCCAGAAACAAUAUGUGCACAGCCUCAAGAUCAACGGCGAGAAGAUUGCCAAGCCCGUCGUCACAUUUGACCAGAUCCUUCAAGGCGGUGUCUGGGAAUAUGAGAUGAGCAAAGAAGCACGGGAGUGGCAGAGCUAGUCUUGUCAUCACUGAAUUCUCGAGGCAAAGGGAAGCGAUGGCUCUACCGUCGAGGCCUGAGUCAAUUUCUUAUCAUGGACAAUGCAAAAC